UCCUUUUAUUCUGGAAACAGGUCUUAUGAAUGAAACUAUGGCUACAGAUUCUCCUAGAAGACCCAGUCGUUGUACUGGUGGAGUUGUGGUUCGCCCUCAGGCUGUCACGGAGCAGUCCUACAUGGAAAGUGUCGUGACUUUUCUGCAGGACGUCGUGCCACAGGCUUACAGCGGGACUCCCCUAACAGAAGAAAAGGAGAAAAUAGUCUGGGUCAGAUUUGAGAAUGCAGAUCUGAACGAUACGUCCCGGAAUCUAGAAUUUCAUGAACCACAUAGCACUGGAAACGAGCCCCCUCUGCUGGUUAUGAUCGGCUACAGUGAUGGAAUGCAGGUCUGGGGCAUCCCUAUCAGCGGGGAAGCCCAGGAGCUCUUCUCUGUUCGCCACGGCCCAGUCCGAGCAGCUAGAAUCCUGCCUGCUCCACAGUUGGGUGCUCAAAAGUGUGACAACUUUGCUGAGAAAAGGCCACUUCUUGGUGUUUGUAAGAGCAUUGGAUCUUCAGGUACGACGCCACCAUACUGCUGUGUGGAUCUGUAUUCACUCCGUACAGGGGAAAUGGUCAAGUCCAUUCAGUUUAAAACACCCAUUUAUGAUCUUCACUGCAAUAAGCGGAUCCUCGUCGUAGUCUUGCAGGAGAAAAUCGCUGCCUUUGAUAGCUGUACUUUCACAAAAAAAUUUUUUGUCACAAGUUGUUAUCCUUGUCCCGGGCCAAACAUGAAUCCCAUUGCUCUUGGGAGCCGCUGGCUUGCUUAUGCAGAAAACAAGUUGAUUCGCUGUCAUCAGUCUCGUGGUGGAGCCUGUGGAGAUAACAUUCAGUCCUACACUGCCACCGUCAUUAGUGCUGCGAAAACCUUGAAAAGUGGCCUGACAAUGGUUGGGAAAGUGGUGACUCAGCUGACAGGCACACUGCCCUCAGGAGUGACAGAAGAUGAUGUCGCCAUACACAGCAACUCAAGACGGAGUCCCUUGGUACCAGGCAUCAUCACAGUCAUAGACACUGAAACGGUUGGAGAGGGCCAGGUGCUUGUGAGUGAGGACUCGGACAGUGACGGCAUUGUGGCUCAUUUCCCUGCCCACGAGAAGCCAGUGUGCUGUAUGGCUUUUAAUACUAGUGGAAUGCUUUUAGUCACAACAGACACUCUUGGCCACGACUUCCAUGUCUUCCAAGUUCUGACUCACCCUUGGUCGUCAUCACAGAGUGCUGUCCAUCAUCUUUACACUCUUCACAGGGGAGAAACCGAAGCCAAAGUUCAGGACAUCUGUUUCAGCCACGAUUGUCGCUGGGUGGUGGUCAGUACCCUCCGGGGUACUUCCCACGUUUUCCCCAUCAACCCUUAUGGUGGCCAGCCUUGUGUCCGCACACAUAUGUCGCCACGCGUGGUGAAUCGCAUGAGCCGUUUCCAGAAAAGUGCUGGGCUGGAAGAGAUUGAACAGGAACUGACAUCUAAGCAAGGCGGCCGCUGUAGUCCUGUCCCAGGCCUGUCCAGCAGCCCUUCCGGCUCCCCGCUGCACGGGAAGCUGAACAGCCAAGACUCUUACAAUAACUUUACCAACAACAAUCCUGGCAACCCCCGGCUUUCUCCCCUCCCCAGUUUGAUGGUAGUGAUGCCUCUUGCACAAAUCAAACAGCCAAUGACACUGGGGACCAUCACGAAACGAACAGGGCCUUAUCUCUUUGGAGCGGGGUGUUUUUCCAUAAAAGCUCCAUGCAAAGUUAAACCGCCUCCACAAAUUUCACCAAGCAAAUCGAUGGGUGGUGAGUUCUGCGUGGCUGCAGUGUUCGGGACCUCUAGGUCAUGGUUUGCAAACAAUGCAGGACUGAAGCGAGAAAAAGAUCAGUCCAAACAAGUUGUAGUUGAAUCUCUUUACAUCAUCAGUUGCUACGGGACCUUAGUGGAGCACAUGAUUGAGCCCAGACCGAUCAGUACCGCUCCCAAGAUCAGUGAUGACACACCUCUGGAGAUGAUGACGUCACCCCGUGCCAGCUGGACACUUGUUAGAACGCCUCAAUGGAAUGAACUGCAGCCGCCAUUUAACGCGAAUCACCCUCUGCUCCUGGCCGCAGAAGCAGUGCAGUAUUACCAGCUCCUGCUGGCUGGCUCACUCCCUCCUGGAAGUCCUGGCCCCAUCACUCGACAUGGGUCCUAUGACAGUUUAGCCUCUGACCACAGUGGACAGGAAGAUGAAGAAUGGCUUUCUCAGGUGGAAAUUGUGACACACACUGGACCCCACAGACGCCUGUGGAUGGGUCCACAGUUCCAGUUCAAAACCAUCCACCCCUCAGGCCAGACCACAGUUAUAUCAUCCAGUUCUUCUGUGUUACAAUCUCAUGGACCGAGUGACACACCACAGCCACUCUUGGACUUUGAUACAGAUGAUCUAGAUCUCAACAGUCUCAGAAUCCAGCCGGUGCGCUCUGACCCAGUCAGCAUGCCAGGGUCAUCCCGUCCAGUCUCUGAUCGAAGGGGAGUUUCCACAGUGAUUGAUGCUGCCUCAGGUACCUUUGACCGGAGCGUGACCCUGCUGGAGGUGUGUGGGAGCUGGCCUGAGGGCUUUGGGCUGCGGCACAUGUCCUCAAUGGAGCACACAGAGGAGGGCCUCCGGGAGCGGCUUGCUGAUGCCAUGGCCGAGUCACCAAGCCGAGACGUUGUAGGAUCUGGAACAGACACAGCCCUUGACGUAGCAGUAAAAAACAGCAGCCCCGAGAGACACAUGGCUGUGAAGUGUUUGGGGAAAAAAAAAGGAAAAAAAAAACAAUGCCAACAGCCCAGCGUCCGUGAACAACCCAACAGUAACAAAGCAUGCGUUCGGGAUGGAGGAAGAACUUCAGCGAGAGGGAAGCAUCGAGACUCUGAGUAACAGCUCAGGCUCCACCAGUGGCAGCAUCCCAAGAAACUUGGAUGGCUACCGAUCUCCGCUCCCUACCAACGAGAGCCAGCCGCUCAGCCUCUUCCCCACUGGCUUCCCAUAGAUACCACCAGCCUCCUGCUUCUGGCUGGCUGGCCCU